CAAGUCUACUUUGUCACCUUUGAUUCCUCCCUCACCAGUCGUACAGAUAAGGUCAACAAGGACAAGUCUGGUGUCAUCAGCUGCUGAGCACCGUCGGCGACCAUGAACAUUUUGCAAAUACCUGCGCAUCCGACCUUUUUCCAGCACCAUCAAGCCCCUCAUUACAACUCCAUCUCUCCCCAGCAUACGAUGAGUGUGAGAAAGCGCAAGGCGGACGAUGAUGGGGUUGACGAAAACAUGCUCUCACCGCACGGUUCACCUGCAACUGCUCCCCGUGCUAUUGCUCGACCAUCGAAGAAAGUACGAGGCAAUGAAGUUUCCGGACGACCACUAGCCCUCCCGCGACUCCUGGAAACACUUGAUGCCCAGUCCCUAAGAUCGGUUCUUCAGCAAAUAUGUGAACGCCAUCCAGACAUCGGUGCCGAGGUGGUUGCGUCAGCUCCCAGGCCUUCUGUAGCAGCAGCUGUCGGUGUUUUGGCCCAGUAUCAAGAGAAGCUCCGAGACGCAUUUCCAUUUGGUGGAAAUUCUGGUUCAGAUUACGCUUAUAACCGGGUGAAGCAAGCUCUGAUGGAUCUGAUCGAUGCUCUCGCCGAAUAUACACCUCAUUACCUUCCUCCCAACGAAACCCAAACUACUACGUCUCUCAGCUUCCUUGACAGUGCUACGAAAGUUGUUCACGACCUCCCCGAAUGGGACAGUCAGUCUCACAAGCACCACAAAGAUAAUGCAUAUGACGAAAUUUCGAGAGCCUGGGCGUUGGUCAUUACCGAGGCAUCGAAAAGAGGAGGCGGCUUCCAGCUGCAUUCUGGUGGAUGGGAUCAGAUGUUAAUCAAACAUAAUGAGCGGAGUGAAGGACGAAUGCAACUUGCUGUGAAUGCACUAGGAUCUAACCUGGACUGGAUGGGUGGAAAUGCGAGCAUGGGCUCAGGCGAUCCGGGAUCUAUUCGGAACCAACUAUUCUCAGGAACGUAUGGCACAAAUCUGCCUGUCCGUGUCGGACUCUGGUAG